AUGAAACGAAUAGGGUUGUCAAAUCCAGGCAUAAUAUUUGCGUUCGCCAUGUGCUUUUCUCUGUUUCUCUUCAUUGUGGCAAUAAUGUACACUAGUGGCGUCACUCCUUUUAUGGACUUCAUUAUUAAACGCACUGUGAAACUACACAGAGUUCACAACAGUACACCUGUUCCCUUGCCUGAGAACACAUCUUCCCUUGAUGAGUCUCUGCGCUACAUUCCACACAGCACCAUACAGACAUGGAAGGAGAGGGACUAUCUCAUUGUGUUUGGCAUCCCAUCUGUGGACAUUGAUGGAAGGCGGAGACGCCGUUAUCUGCAGCGGACUACGUGCUGGCAGUUCCCUGGUGUUGCACGGAGGGCGAAUAACUUCACUGGGUCCAUGUUGGUGUUGUAUGUACUUGCACGGCAGCCUUUUCUUAGCUAUAGGUAUUCUGAGUCACUACUGAAGGAAGUGGCAGAGUAUCAUGAUGUGAUUACACUCUCAAUGAAUGAAGGGCGUGUUACUACUAACAAGUCCAUAGGUGAUAGUGGUAAGUGGGGUUUAGAAGCUGAGGUUGGUUUGAGCAGGAAAGUAUAUUUUUGGCUUGAAAUGUCAUUGCGCUUGUUUCCUUCUGUGAAAUACAUUGCCAAGGGUGAUGAUGACAUGUUUCUUCGUGUACCGCAGUUUUUAACAGACCUUCGUGUGCUUCCUGUCAUGAAUGUAUAUUGGGGAAAGUUUGGAAAGAUACAUGGUUUUGGUGGAGAACGAACCAAUGGUUUAUUUGCUGGUGGUCCCUGUUAUACUCUUUCAAGGGAUGUUGCGUGGCGUAUAGUGUCGUAUACACCAAUCAGAGAUCUUUUGAGUGUACCAUUUCAAAAGGAACUUGAGUCACAAUACAUAUCUUUAGAUAUUUUAUCGGAAGAUGUAAUGGUAGGUGUUGUGCUUAGGAAAUCUGGUUAUUACCGACAUGUUGUGUUUGUGUUUGAAAAGAAAUGUGCAUUUCAUGAUGUGCAUGUUGGUUACCCUGUGGAGCCUGUUCGAGACAGUUCUAUAAUGGUACACCACCUGUUAGAGAGUGAAUACAAAUUGUUAAUGGACCGAUUUGGGAAUGAUACUGGUGGUGUACCGCGACGAAGAAGGUACUAUAAAGAUCGCCGCAUUAAAUUUCUUUGUUGA